UUCUUCAGCAUCUCUCACCUUGAACACUAGACCUGGUAUUUACUCACAGGUUGUGACCACUUUCUCGGUCAUUUUUCGUUUUAUAUCUUUACUAAGUCGUGUCAGCAUGCAGCUCCUGGCUGGGUUAGUGUCUCUGCUGUUGGUGCUGUACAGUGUGAGAGCGGCGGCUGUGCUUCCAGCAGAUGAGAGGAACCCAAUACAUUCCAGAGAAAUGAGCAAAGAACGCAAGGAGCUGAUCCUUAAGCUAGUCAGUAGUCUUUUAGAUGGCAUGGACAACAAUGUGCUGCCCGGAGAAUCCCUCGCCAUGGAGGCUGAAGAGCCCAUGGAGUCUCGCCUGGAGGAACGAGCCAUCUACAACCGACUAGCCCAGCUUCCUCAGAGGGACCGCAAAGCACCCUGUAAGAAUUUCUUCUGGAAGACGUUCACAUCGUGUUAACCUACCGCUCCGGUUCCGAAGCUUCUCUUCUCCUCUCGUCCUCUUUCUCUUCCUUCUCAUCUCCCCAAUCCAGCUCUAACAUGAACUGUGUAAACCAUCAGUGUACAUAGCAGUGAAACCAUCACCGUCCACAGAGGGGUCUCAAUGGACUUUACAGCCAGAUUGUUAAAAAUGUUUAUUAGAUUAUUUAUCUAUUUAUUAAGCUACUGAUUUAUUAUGUUUUUAUUUUCUUUUUGAACAUCUUAUACCAAUAAAGCAUGGUUAGAUAUAAUAUAAUAUAUAGGCUUUUUGAUAAGGGAUGUCUCAUUCACUGUAGUCAGCUCCCAAGAAAAGCAUUAAAAUCGUUUUAUCCCAAUGGAUAAAAACUCC